AUGGCUCCGCGGCUGGGCAGCAUCUCGGCGGCGGCGCGGCUGCUGGGCGGCCCCGGGCCCCGCGCGGAGCGGGCGGCGGCGGCGCGCUUCUAUUCCAAGGACAAUGAAGGCAGCUGGUUCCGCUCACUCUUCGUGCAUAAGGUGGACCCCCGGAAGGACGCUCACUCCACCCUCCUGUCCAAGAAGGAGACCAGCAACCUCUACAAAAUCCAGUUUCACAACGUGAAGCCCGAGUGUCUGGAUGCCUACAACAGCCUGACGGAGGCCGUGCUGCCCAAGCUGCACCUGGAUGAGGACUACCCCUGCUCGCUCGUGGGCAACUGGAACACGUGGUAUGGGGAGCAGGACCAGGCAGUGCACCUGUGGCGCUUCUCCGGUGGCUACCCCGCCCUCAUGGACUGCAUGAACAAGCUCAAAAACAACAAGGAGUACCUGGAGUUCCGGAAGGAGCGGAGCCAGAUGCUGCUGUCCCGGAGAAACCAGAUGCUUCUGGAGUUUAGCUUCUGGAAUGAGCCGCAGCCCCGCGCCGGUCCCAACAUCUACGAGCUGAGGACCUACAAGCUCAAGCCAGGAACCAUGAUCGAGUGGGGGAACAACUGGGCUCGGGCCAUCAAGUACCGACAGGAGAACCAGGAGGCGGUGGGCGGCUUCUUCUCGCAGAUAGGGGAGCUCUACGUGGUGCACCACCUCUGGGCCUACAAAGACCUGCAGUCUCGGGAAGAGACUAGAAAUGCAGCGUGGAGGAAGAGGGGUUGGGACGAAAAUGUCUACUACACAGUCCCCCUGGUGCGGCACAUGGAGUCUCGGAUCAUGAUCCCUUUGAAGAUCUCGCCUCUCCAGUGA